GUUUCGAUUUCAACCGAGUUGCAAUCCGAUACGUUUCACUGGUGUGGUCUCUCUCUGAUCUCUCUCUCUCUCUCUCUGCUCAAACCUCAGACAUGCAAUCGCCAACCCCAACACUCGAGCUUUCCAAAACGUUAGGCGCCACAACCCACCACCGUUACAUGGGAUUUCCCCACACGAUUUCAUCCACCCAAGCCGUCUUCACCUCCAUUCUCCCAAACCCAAGAAGCCUCAGAAGCCUUAUUAUCACGCAGGCCCGCAAACCCCACCACCGUCGCAACAACAAAGCCUCUACCCCCAAGCGGAGUCUGAGAAUCGUGAAGGGAAACAAGGAUAAUGUGUGGAGUGUGGACAACGAGCUCUCAGAGAACGAGAGAGAGAAAGAGAAAGCCAGUAGAAGAAUGCCUAGGGGGAAGAGACUGGUCAGGAGGAAGAGAAUUAAGCCCGGUGGUGCUGAUGCUGGGGUCGUGGUCUCUGGUGCUAUGCUAAUGGAGGUUGAGACUGUUCUACAAACUCAGGAACCUGUGAUAAAACCAGUGUGGAAUACAUUUGCUAGUAGUGUCAGUGGAAUAUGGAAGGGUGUGGGGGCAGUAUUUUCACCCAUCACCGCUGAAAUGGAGCCAAUUGAUAUGGGAAACAGGAAUGAAAACUUAUACGAUUGCUAUACUGUUUCAUGCAUUGAGGCAAUACCAUCCCCUUCUGGAGGGCAUACAUCUGAAAUUCGGAGGAAGAUAAAUUGGGUGACUUUGAAUCCUUAUGGUGAAGGACUUGGUGGCAGUAACAGAAGUAAAGAAGAGCAUGAAGUUGGAGGUGCAUCAUUACCCACAAAGGUGAUGUCUAGUAAAACUACACCGAGUUAUACUUUGCCUGAUUUUGAGUCUUUUGACUUCAAAUCCAGUGACGUAAUGGAAGAAGAUGUCAUGGCUAAUGAACCUGGUCUUGUCUUUUUUGAGGAUGGAUCUUAUUCUCGGGGUCCCGUUGAUAUUCCAAUCGAAGUUGAUGAUUCCAAAUAUUACCUUUCUCCAAUUUUGAAGUUUGAACAAUGUUUGGUAAAAGGUUGCCACAAAAGACUUCGGAUCAUCCACACUAUAGAAUUCAAUGAUGGUGGUUCAGACAUACAGAUAAUGAGAGUAGCCAUAUAUGAAGAAGAGUGGGUCAGUCCUGCUAGUCUUCCUGACCAAAGUGAUCAGGAGUUUGAUAUGAAGCCAUUUUCUCAGCGGAAGCGUACCCAACAAUCAGAGCUGACUGGCUCCUGGAAGGUGUUCGAGAUUAGUGCUACUCCGGUAUUUGGCGAGCAGGUGUCGUUGGGGGAAAGCAAUGGCACCCCAUAUGUCUACCUCUGUACUGAAACUUUAAAGAAGAGGAGUUUGCCUGAAAAUCUAGUCUACUUUAAAGAGGAAGAGAUGUUAGACAUGCAGGAUGCCACCAUGCUUUGGCUUCCAGGUGGUGUCACUUGCUAUGUUGACGUAAACAAGGAUGGCAUCCUUUGUAUUGGAGUUGGGUGGUACUCAGAUGAAGGAAUAAAUCUCGUUAUGGAGAGAGAUUACGGUGUAGAUGGGAAGCUUAAGGAGGUUCGAUGGAAGUCAGAGUUAAAGAGAAGGUGGUCUGAUCCACUCCCCAAGUAAAACUCACUUUUCAACAGUUUUGGUAUAUAUAUGGGGGUAAAUGCUCGUGUAUUUAUUCAGAUAAAGUAAACUUGUACACGUGCUUGAGAGUUCGAUUGGCCAAGAAACUUUUGAGCGCAUGAAUACGCAUGGUAGGAAUGCGAGUUCAUUAUUUAAGAUAUAUGUUUUUUUUUAUAUAUUUUUUUAAUGAAAAUAGAAGAAAGAUUGGAAGUACAA